AUGCCGCGGAUACGCCCGGCGGCCGAUGAGCCAUCGCCGCCGCCGACAACGUCAUCGCUCAGCUGGCGACGCGUGCUCUUAACGCUCCUCUCGUACAUCCUCUUCUUCACAGACGUGCCGCGUAGCGGGUACGGGUUCGCGUCCCUCCCAAACACCUACACUCGCCACGCGCCCGACGCGGCGUCGUACUUUGGCCCGUACGCCUACCUCGUCCUCAACGCGACGCGUCAACCCAAUGGCACGGUUGCGGGCGUCGCGUCGUCCGGGCCCACGUCCACGGCGCGUGUGUGGAGCUACAAGUUUGAUACGACGUCAACCGGUCUCCGCGGGCUCGUGGCCGCGCACAACAUCUCGGGCUGGGACCCGUGCUUGCUGUACGAGUCGGCGUGUCCUCACUUGACGCUCAGUGUCGCGUCCGUGUGGCGCUUGCUGGAGAGCACCGUCGACGCGCUGGCGCCAUCGCCCGCAGGGUGCCGCAGCGUGAGUUCAUUUCGUGACAACAUUGACGACUAUGUUGAUUUUGGGCCGCUCGAGCACGUGCACUACCGGUCGACGCGGACGCACACCUUGGAGACGCCGAUCGACCUCUGUCACUCGGGCCAUCGCCUCCCGUUCUGCAACGCGCCGUGGUCCAACCUCAGCACGUUUGGUUACAAGAAGGUUUCUGUCAUCAGUGCUCACAUCCAGGCGCGGAUGCAAGCGCGCCGACGCAAUAUGGAUCUCACUUCGCAGCGCAUGGACGUUGUCGUGAUCGACUCGACCAUGGACAUCCAGCGCUGGCGAGGCAGUCUCACGCACGUCGACGCGUUCAGCUGGGACGUUGUCUCGCUCCUCCGGGUGCAAAAUUGCUCCGAGAUCUGGAACGCAUCCAGCUGCCGCACCAUCGAGCUCGUCGACUUCCGGUACGAAGGCGGUAUGCUCGACUCGAACGUCGUCUACUACUACAAGCUCGUGCGAUUGCUUCGGAUCGUGGCCCAAGUGUACAAUAUUGUCCGCGUUCUCGCGCUCUUUGGCGGCUGCUACGCGGCGACGCGGCGCCACACGAUCUCUGGUUCGCGAUGGCUCGCGGCGCUGGGCCUCUUCUUCCGCAUUCCUGGCCAAGUGGUCAUUUACGGCAGCUGGUUUCCAGUCAUCCUCUUCGUCCUCGCGCACGCCUCGGACUCGACGCUGCUCUAUCUGUACAUUUCCAAGAGCUUUGUGGCGCUGGAUGGCACCAUUGACACGAGCUUUUCGAAUUUGUAUGGUCUCAUGACGCUCCUCACGUGCCACAUGCGCAACGUGUGGGUCCUCAACCUCGUGGCGAAGGGGUAUUUCUACCUCCGCCACGCUGGAUCGCACGCAAAGAAGGGGUGGUCGCGCCACCUCGUGGGCCUCCGCGGCUACUUGCUGCCGCUCGUGUCGUUCGUCUCUGCCAUCUUUGACGUGCGCUGGAACGCGCUGCGCAGCACCGAGAUCCUUGCAUCGACACCGAUGCUUGUGCCGAGCAGUGUCCAAGCCGCCAAGCACAUCGGGUCGCUUCCCUGCGAUGUGCGCUACAGCGGUCUCUUUACCGAUGCGAAGAACUUGGUGAUUGCACUGGUUUUUGUCCGAAGCGCGCUGAGGCUUGGGGGCGUGCGCUCGGUGCACGCGACGUCGUCCGUGCCGUACAUUGCGCUCGUCCACUGCAACCUCUCGAUGUUUAGCACGUCGUGGCGGACGCUCUUUCUCGAUCGGACGCUCGGUCGCUCGAUGAGCACGCAGCUGACGCUUCCCCAAGAUAACGACGGAGACCAUAUCGACGAAGCACGGAUGCUCAUGAACAUUACGUGGAUGACCGACCCGAUCGAGUGGCUCCUCUUGCAUCUGUGGCGCUGCCCGAUCGUUAACAUCUACCGACACGCCACGACGCGACAAGUGCUGCACCAUCCGCUCGGGAAGCUCGACCUCGAAGACGUCGAUGACCACACGCUUCUGGAUGCACGCUACGAGUGCAUUGGCCAGCAAGACUUGAACGCACUGGCGUGGUGCGACCGAAUCCAGUGCCAUUAAACCACAGCACCAGUGUACCUUUGACAUCGCG